UUUUGUGAUUCUGGGUACAAUCGAUCAGAUCUGGGCGAGAACUGGAGAGGUACUUCGAUUCCGUCCUCUGCCUUCGCCCAGACGUGAAGGUCGCCUCAUAGCUCCACGACUUCCUCACGGUAACAGUCCAGAGAGGUGAAGAGACUUGGCCGAGGCCACCCAGCUAAUGACGCACAGUCUCAUACCUGAGGCUCCUGCAACCACUUGUCACUCUCUAGGGAGAGGAAAAAAACUUCAAAAACAAUCCGUCCAAUUACGAAAAAGACGAAAGCAGAGGAGUCCCGGCAGAGACCGCGGAGGGACCCACGCUUCCCAGCACCUUCACCCAGCACGCCGGGGACACCACUGUCUCAUCCCCGGGGCGGCUGCUUCUCUGGGUAAUGGGACAUUCUUGGGGCGCCCUGGAAAGGCCUGGGACCGAGUAGCUCAUUGCUUCGACCCGUUUCGGUUGUGGCCAGGUAAAUGCCUUUUAUUAAAAUACAUUUUAAACCUCUCAUGGUAGAAUGAACGGCCCCAGAGGCCGAGGGUGUGCGGGCCCGCGAGGGCUUGGAACCGCUCCCGGGAGGAUGCCCGAGAGGUGCCCGCCGCGCCUCGGGCAGGGCAGAGAGCAGAGGCCGCAGGCUGCCGGGACCGGGGCUGGCUUCCGUCCGCUUAGGCGCUGAACAAAUAAUUAUCAGGCUCCUCGUACGUGUCAAAUCGAGCCUUUACACAGGAUCGACAUGAAGCUUCCGUGCGGAUGGGAGGAGACUGGUGAUCACCAGCAAGGAGUAAGAUCGUUUCUGAUAGGCCUGGGAUGGGGGGAGCCAUGAUGGAGCGUCUGCUCUCAGGAGAGACCUUGGAGCCAGUCUUGAAGUGUGAGGAGGCGUCCGAUGGAGAAGACGGGAAAGGACAUUCCGAGCCCAGCCAGCCCCGGGUGUAGACUGGCGCGAAGCACUGGAGGUGAGAGGAAGCGCAGCCUGGCGCCGCCCCAAGCGCUGCGCUUUUCUCCUUCCAGGAGGGGGCGCUGGUGUGCGGGCCUGGCCCGCCUGUUCCCCCGCCCCCGAGUCACCCGGUUCAGUUUCGUUUCUCCAAAGCUGCAAGAAAAGGUAAAGACGGGCAGUGAAGACAGACUAGAAUGAAGAGGGUGGAAGCCAGGCAGGCGAGAGGAAGAAUGUCUGCGGUGGUGUCUGGUGACCGCUCUGCUGCAGAACUGAGACCGCCCGCCUCUCAUGGUGCCCGGGAGCCAGGCCAAGCUAACCUGGAGUCAUCCCCAUCAGUCAUCCCAGGUAAUACAUUCCCACUAUAGCAUAUAGGAAGAUACAGACAAGUUUGAAAACAGAUUCUCUGUCCAUGAAGCGCCGUGGGAUCCUCAUGCCCAGCUAACCCGAGACUCUAAGCCUGUUCCCUGGAAUCUUCCAUCUGGAUGGAGGAGAGAAAGUUGACCUGGAGUGAGGUGCAACCUAAGGACAUAUGCAUCCGGAGAGCACAGGCGGCCUGAGGAGUCAGGGCGGGCAGCCUGGAGGAGGCGUGGGCCCCUCGCUCCAGUGCCGCGUGUGCGGAGACAGCAGCAGCGGGAAGCACUAUGGCAUCUACGCCUGCAAUGGCUGCAGCGGUUUCUUCAAGAGGAGCGUGCGGCGGAGGCUCAUCUACAGGUGCCAGGUGGGGGCAGGGAUGUGCCCCGUGGACAAGGCCCAUCGCAACCAGUGCCAGGCCUGCCGGCUGAAGAAGUGCCUGCAGGCGGGCAUGAACCAGGAUGCCGUGCAGAACGAGCGCCAGCCCCGAAGCACAACCCAGGUCCGCUUGGACAGCAUGGAGUCCAACUCUGAGCCCCAGCCGGAGCCCCUGGUGGCUCCCCCAGCCCCGGCAGGGCCCAGCCCGCGGGGCCCCAUGCCCAUGACUGCAGCCAGAGCCCUGGGCCACCACUUCAUGGCCAGCCUUAUAACAGCCGAGACCUGUGCUAAGCUGGAGCCAGAGGAUGCUGAUGAGAACAUCGAUGUCACCAGCAAUGACCCUGAGUUCCCCUCCUCUCCAUUCUCCUCCUCCUCCCCCUGUGGCCUGGACAGCAUCCAUGAGACGUCGGCUCGCCUGCUCUUCAUGUCCGUCAAGUGGGCCAAGAACCUGCCCGUGUUCUCCAGCCUGCCCUUCCGGGAUCAGGUGAUCCUGCUGGAAGAGGCAUGGAGUGAACUCUUCCUCCUCGGGGCCAUCCAGUGGUCUCUGCCUCUGGACAGCUGUCCUCUGCUGGCACCGCCUGAGGCCUCUGCUGCUGGUGGUGCCCAGGGCCGGCUCACCCUGGCCAGCAUGGAGACACGCAUCCUGCAGGAAACUAUCUCUCGCUUCCGGGCGUUGGCAGUGGACCCCACAGAGUUCGCCUGCAUGAAGGCCCUCGUCCUCUUCAAGCCGGAGACGCGGGGCCUGAAGGAUCCUGAGCACGUGGAGGCCUUGCAGGACCAGUCCCAGGUGAUGCUAAGCCAGCACAGCAAGGCCCAUCACCCCAGCCAGCCCGUGAGGUUUGGGAAGUUGCUGCUGCUUCUCCCGUCUUUGAGGUUUAUCACCGCGGAACGCAUCGAGCUGCUCUUUUUCCGCAAGACCAUAGGGAAUACUCCAAUGGAGAAGCUCCUUUGUGAUAUGUUCAAAAACUAGUGGGAGCGGAGGUGAAAUGUUUCCAAGCACUCUGGAAAACGAUCUACUGAAGUGAAACAUUUGCCUACUCUUUGCCCCAGCAAUUCUGCUUGUAGGUAGGUGUGUGUAUCCAGCAGAGAUGCUCACCAAAAGAUAUUGUAAGAAUAUUCAUAGCAGCUUUAUUCAUAAUAGCCCCAAACUAUACAUUGACGGUAGGAUGAAUUAACACAUUGUGGUACAUUCAUAUAAUGAAAAAAUUUAAAUUACGGAUACAUGUGACAAUACGGGUAAACGUCACAGACCUAAAAGUUGAAUGAAAAAAGCCAGGCAGAAGGUCCAUGUCUGCAGAGUUCAAGCACGGGCAAGAUUAACUGAUGGUGACCCAAGUUGGAAUAGUGAUUACUUCCAGGUGGUGGGGGAUUGAUUCUGUAGGGGCCCAUGGGAGCCCUCUGGUGGAAAAGAAAUGUUACUGAUUUUGAUCUGGGCAGUAGUUUCACAAAUGUAUUCAUAUGUAAAAAUUCAGUGAGCUGUGCACUUAACUGUAUUUUGUUAGACCUCA